AUGGUCGGAACUGCAGAUCCAUAUUACAAUCGCAAGCCCGUCCCUGAUGACCUGAUCAAGGAUGUGGGCAUCACUGGGCUCGCCCCCCAAGAAGAAUACUGGAGCCGCGAGCGCAAGUACAGUGUGAACGGAGCAGAUGUGCGGCGCUUCAGCAACAGCAAGAAAAGCGGUCUCGAACCACUUGACGAUCCGUACUACGGUCGAAGACGACUUUCAAAGGCCGAGAUCGCAGAUGUCGGACAAACCGGACUAUCACCCGAAGAAGAAUACCAGAAUCGGGAACGGAAGUAUAGCGUGAACGGCGUGGACGUCAGAAAGUUCAGCACGAGCAGGAAGGGCGGAUUGGAGCCUCAAGACGACCCAUACUAUUCCCGGAAGAAGGUGUCAAAAGCCCAGAUUACAGGUGUGGGCGAAACGGCCAUGACUCCCGCCGAGCAGUUCGAAGUCCGCGAACGGAAACAAUCCCUCUUCCAGCUUUCAGGCGAUCCUUUUGACCUUGUGGCCGGGCGCCAUCGACAAUCGGUAUCCGGUGUUGCGAGCGGAGCUUCUGAUGCAGCCACUCGCCGUCGAAGCUCGGCUGUAGCCCCUGACGCAGUGGCUGCUAUGGCUACCCAUAGCGGCUAUCAUGGCGAAAGGCUCGCCCCGAUCGAGAGCAGACCCGAAUUCCCACCAGAGAGCUUUGGCAGCAUCAGCUUGCGGGACAAUGGUGCCAGUAGCGGCUCGACCAUUGACCGAGAGCCUGGAGGACACGUUGGCAGUGCGGAAGCAGAGCAUACCAGAUACUAUGAUGCUGCUACGUUAGGGCAUAAUCAUCUUCAACCUUGUGUCGAGGACGAUCCGGACAGCGUCGCCCCUGACGAGAAGAGAUGA